AUGUGGCCUUUCUCUCGAAAUGAUGCCACCGGUGUCCCAGCAGUCCGGUCGGUGACUGGAAAGUCUCUUGUGCAGCGACUUGACAUGUUCCUGCUCACGUUUGGCUGUAUCUCCCAGGUCAUAAAAUAUCUUGACCAGACUAAUAUCCAGAACGCGUACGUGUCUGGAAUGAAGGAAGAGCUACAGCUGUUUGGAUUGGAGCUCAAUUACUUCACUACCUAUUUCAAUAUUGGCUACUGCAUCAUGCUCAUCCCCUCGCAAAUCAUAUUGACGCACGUGCGGCCAAGCUACUGGUUGCCUGGCUUGGAAAUCACCUGGGGAGUUCUGACUGGUCUCCUGGCCAUCGUCACCAGUGCAAACCAGGUCUAUGCCAUUCGUGUCUUUCUCGGGCUCUGCGAAAGCAGUGCUUGGCCUGGCAUGAUGACGCUGCUUAUGCACUGGUACACACCCAUGGAACUGGCCAAACGGAUGGGGUUCUUCCACUCCUGCCAAGCCUUGGGAGGGCUGUUCUCUGGCGCACUGCAAGCCAGUGUCAGCACUACAUUGCGUGGAGCCUACGGCAUGUCUGGCUGGAGAUGGCUCUUCAUCGUCAAUGGCGUCAUGACUGUUGUGGUUGGAGCCAUUGGCCUCGUCAUGCUGCCUGAUUAUCCUAAUGAUCCGAAUCCACGAGCCGUGUGGUUCACCAAGCAACACGCAGAACUCUCUUUGGAGAGACUUGCGCGGCAUGGACGGGGCAAACCUUCUCCAGUCACUUGGGCCGGCGUCAAGCGCACCUUGAGGUCAUGGAUCACAGUCAUCAUUCCAUUCCUUUACUGUUGUACGGUCAUUGGCAAUUACGGUGUCCAAUACUUUGAGCUAUUCCUCAAGAGCCGGCCAAAUGCCGAUGGCUCGCAGCGAUGGACCACCGCCGAGGUCAACGCCAUUCCCAUGGGAGGAAGAGCGAUUCAAAUUGCUUUUGUAUGGAUCUGGGCUAUCAUCUCCGACUGUAUGCAGAUCCGGUGGCAGCUUAUUGUGGCGCAGUGCACACUGGCGCUAGUUCCCACUCUCAUGAUGAGCAUCUGGAGUGCUCUCCCGUCUCAGAUGUCCGAUACCACGGCCUACGCAGGUUUCUUCCUUAAUUUUAUAGUAUUGGGAACGGCGCCCUUGUUGUUCUCCUGGCUGGCAGACAUCAUACCCCAGGAUCCCGAAGUCAGAGCCCUCGUCGUUGGUGUGGCCAUCGCCGCCGACUAUGCCGUCCAAGCGUGGUCCAAUUCUCUCAUGUGGCCUGCCACAGAGGCUCCUUACUACCGGGUUGGCUGGAAAGUAUCCGCCGUUCUCAUGCUGUUGGCCGCUACCAUGGUUUUCGUGCUACAUGUGGCAGACGCCAAGUACUUCCGGUACGUAUGA